AUGGCGCAGACGCCGAACCCCAGCAGGAGGUCGUGGGUCGGCCCGGCGCCGAUGCCAUUCCUCACGCCGCGGCCGGAGCGGCGACACCUUGAGAUGAGGUGGGCGGAUGGAGUGUCCCAAAGCGCUGCUCGCCGUAGCGGCGUCGGCGCUGUUGCCGGCAACGGUGGAAGCGGGGAUGGAUGCGAGAGGGAUCGGGAGGUGAACGUUCAGGUCGUGCUCCGGUGCAGGCCACUGAGUGAGGAGGAGCAGAGAGCGAAUGUGCAGAGCGCCAUCUCUUGUAAUGACCUGAAGAGGGAGGUCACAGUUCUGCACAGCCUCUUCAAGCAAUUAGACAAGACGUUUACCUUCGACAAGGUAUUUGGACCAAAAUCUCAGCAAAGGUCGAUAUAUGACCAUGCUGUUGCACCAAUAGUGACUGAUGUCCUCGAAGGCUAUAACUGCACUGUCUUCGCCUUUGGGCAGACUGGAACCGGAAAGACAUAUACCAUGGAGGGAGAGAUGAGACUGAAGGUCAGUGAACUACCAGAUACUGCUGGUGUCAUCCCUAGAGCAGUGCGCCAUAUAUUUGAUAUGCUUGAAGCACGGAAGGCUGAUUAUAGCAUGAAGGUAACCUUCUUAGAGCUCUAUAAUGAAGAUAUAACAGAUCUAUUAUCUUUGGAGGGCCAAAGCAGAUUCCCUGAAGGUAGACAAAAGAGGCCUAUAACUCUUAUGGAAGAUGGCAAAGGUGGCGCCGUCAUAAGAGGACUUGAAGAGAUUGUUGUCUACAGUCCUAGUGAAAUAUACAGACUUCUGGAACACGGGUCAGCUAGGAGACGCACUGCUGACACUGCACUAAAUAAGCAAAGCAGCCGAUCACAUGCUGUUUUUUCUAUAAACAUCCAUGUCAAAGAAACAACAGUAGGAAAUGAGGAGCUCAUGAAGUAUGGGAGGUUGAACCUUGUAGACUUGGCAGGAUCAGAGAAUAUUGCUCGAUCAGGGGCAAGAGAGGGUAGAGCAAGAGAAGCUGGAGAGAUGAAUAAGAGCCUAUUAACUCUGGGACGUGUCAUCACUGCGCUUGUGGAGCAUUCAGUUCAUGUGCCAUACAGGUUAUACACUGUACUUAGUUUUGAUAUAUCAAAGGGACCACAUCCUCCAUUUUUAGCUGAGGCAAAUAAAAAAACAUGUGAAUCUGUUAUGCUCAAGGACCUCUACCAAGAAAUGGAAAGAAUGAAACAAGAUGUCAAAGCUGCAAGGGAAAAGAAUGGAAUCUACAUCCCUCAUGAAAGGUUGGUCCUAGACGAGGCAGAAAGAAAGAAAAUGAAGGGAAAAUUAGAAAAUUUGGAGCUCAGUCUUGAAAAGCAGAUCAAAGAAGUUGGAAAAUUCAAAGGCUUGUACCAAGGAGAGCAGGAAUGCCGCUUGGACUUGGAAAGUCAGAACAAAGAUUUAAAGGUAAAUCUUGAAACCUGGAAGAGAAAGUUUCUAGAUCUUCAAGAAGUUCAUUGCAGAGCUAACACGUCGCUAAGGGAGAAGGACUUCAUUAUCUCAGAUUUACUUCAUUCUGAACACUUAAUUCUGGAACGUGCAAAGGAUUUGCGCAAUACCUUGGAGAAUGCAUCCAGAGAUACCACUGUACUUCUGAGUAAACUAGAAAGGCAAUCAAAAACUGAAGCGGAAAACAAAGGCUUGCUAUCUGGUUUUUGGGCUGAAUUGGAUCAUAGUCUUGGAGUUCUGCAUGCUACAGUCAUUGGAUCGGUUUGUGAACAGAGUAAAAUUUUGGAGUCUAUGAAUGAACAAACAAAGUUGUACUUUUCAGCCAGAAAUGAGUCGGAAAACCAAUUGGAGAGAAGAAUUGCAAGAGUCAAAGAUAUGUAUGUCUCUGGGGUUCAAUGCAUGAAGGAGCUCGCUCAUACCAUGAGACAGCAAUCUAUCAUAGAUUCCGAGCAGAUGAGGCAGAACAUAUCUACUAAUGCAAUUGUUGUUGACAAUUUUCUAGCAAUGAUGGUUUCGGAAGCUGAGCAAGUUCUAAACGAUGUUCUGAAAUCUACUUCGGAGCUCAAGGAACUAUUAGCCUUUUCUGCAAAACUACAAAAUUCUGGAUUGAAAAGGAGUCUUACUUCUGCACAAGCCAUGUCAAAGACAUCAAUUGAUUUCUUUAAAGAUAUCAGGAUACAUGUGUCUCGGCUCAUCACUCUUAUGGAACAGAAUCAAAUGGAAAGGUCCUCCAACCUUGUUAAAUUCGAGAAUGAAUUUAAGGAAACUUGUGUUAAAGACGAGCAAGCUGCUCUGAAUAAGAUUGCUGCAAUUUUAUCAGAGUUGACUGCCAAGAAAACUACAAUGGUUUCAUCAUAUAUCGGACAGCUGAAUGAGAGAUACAGUGAAGAGCAGAAGCACCAGAAAUUGGAGAUGUCCAACCUACAACAGGUUUCAGAUAAUGGCAAAAAUGCGUGUGUCACUCAUGUUGGAGUUAUAGAGAGCCAGUUCCACGAGGAUAUGUCAUCGCAAGCUAAAUUAAAUGAUCAAAUGGAAGGCAUCUUGCAGCAAUGCUUGAAGAAAGGUAACCAUUCUGUAUCUUACUGGUCACAUGCACAAUCAUCUUUGCAUGAUCUUGGUAAGAGCUCAAUCAUGGAGGCUGACGAUUUUAUCGAGGAAAGGAGAAACAAAAAUGAAAAUAUGUUCCAGGAAAGGCUUCUGCUUUCUUCACAGAAUGAUGCAGAGUUUCAUGCCAUUACAUCUGAUGUGUUGACUGCUUCCAAGAAUUCCCUCUUACUGGAUCAUGAAACUAGCAAGAUGAUAGAAACCAACUCUACCACUUUCUCGAGUCAUCUGGAAUUCCUGAAUGAAAAACACAGUGAAGGCGCAGAAUCUAUAAGAAACCUGACGAGUAACUGUCUUGAGAAGGACUACAUGCUAUUGUUCACCCAUCAGGCUAAUAGUCCGGUUCGAAACCAUCCAAGGGAACUACUGACCAGUGCAAACAGCUUGGAAUCAAUUGACAAACUAAGAGCUUCUCUGCCAGAUCUGGUGGCAAAGUUCAGGUUCGAGAACAAGUUGGAUGAAAUGGACAAGGGGAAGCAAUGCUCCGAUCAAAGGACACGCACUCCAAGAAGUCCUCUAACGCCUGUCAAUCAGUGA